AUGAUUAGGCAAUGUAAACUACAUAAUGUUCAAAUCACACAAUGUUUUAUUCGUUCAUUAGCAUCGAAUUCAAGAGAAAAUCAUGAAAAAGUCAAGUUUGAUUCAAUUUCUGCUGCUUAUGGAUAUAAAUCUAAACGUGAAUUAUUUCGUGGAUGGUUUGUAUUUAAAUUAUGUUCGUAUUCAUCACUGGUCAAUAAUCUCUCUAAAUUAUUUACUAUUUCACGUACUAUUCUUGGUCAACGAUUGUUUGAAUAUAUAAUGCGUUCAACACUUUAUGGACAUUUUGUUGCGGGUACAAAUAAAACUGAAUUAAAACCAAUUGUAGAAAGAUUACGUAAACAUAGUGUAAAAUUAAUACUUGACUAUUGUAUGGAAUCAGAUGUAGCAAGCAAUAAUCAACAAAAGACAAAUUCAUCAAUAUUGAAUCCUUCAAAUAAUGAUAUGUAUAAUGAAAAUUUGUUGAAAUCUAUUAAUAAUGUUCAAACAGCAGCUGAAUUAUGUGGUUCAUCGGCAAUUACAGCAAUUAAAAUAACAGCAUUUGUUCCACCGAAUAUUCUUCAAAAAUUAAAUCAAAUUUUAGAGCAAGAACAACCAUCAACCAAACUUUCUAUUCUUGAAUUCGCAUCAAACACAUCUACAGAAGUGAAAAAGCAUAAUGGAAGAAUUUUUAUUGAUGCCGAGCAAUCAUAUUUUCAAACAGCUAUUCAUAAACUAGUACUUGAAUUACAAGAACAAUAUAAUCGAGACAGUUUAAUUGUUUAUAAUACAUAUCAAUGUUAUCGAAAGACUACUUUGGAUUUAUUACGAAAGGAUUUAAUACGAUCAAAAACUAAUAAUUUUCAUAUUGGAUUUAAACUUGUACGUGGUGCUUAUAUGGAUCAGGAACGAAAACAAGCUGCUGAAAUGAAGAGUAUUGAUCCGAUUCAUCCAAAUUUUUUAGCUACGACAGAAUCUUAUCAUCGUGCAUUUUUUGAAACACUUGAAAAUAUUAAAAACAAUAAUAAUAAUAAUAAUAAAAUUCAUGUAUUUGUUGCUAGUCAUAAUGAAAAUACAGUUGAAUUUGCACUUAAAAUGUAUGUUUCUAAUUCAAAUAAAAGAAAAAACAAUUUACAUGAUUUUCUUCUUAGUAUGGACUCCAUGAAUAUUAAACGUGAUGAUGGUAUUGUUUCUUUUGCUACUUUAUUUGGCAUGUGUGAUUAUCUUACAUUUCCGUUAGCUGCUGUUGGUUAUGAUGCUUAUAAAUUAACACCAUAUGGACCAAUACAUCGUCUUUUACCUUAUUUAACUCGACGAGCACAAGAAAAUCGAGCAAUAUUUGCUAAAGCUGAAAAAGAUCGACGAUUACAUUAUAAAGCAUUAAAAGAAAGAAUUUUAAAUUAA